AAAGGCCAGUCACAGCGGCCUUUUACCACAUGAUCAGCCGUGUCCAAUGACACGCUGAUCACCGGGAACUUGUCAGAGCAGGGAUCGGCACCGAUCAUCAGGGCACUGAUGAUUAGUGCCCUGAUGAUCGGUGCCCAGCAGCGCCACCCACCAGUUCUGCCCACCUGUGCCCAGCAGUGCCGCCCAGUAGCUCUGCCCACCUGUGCCCCACAGUGCCACCCACCUGUGCCCACCCACCUGUGCCCAUCAGUGCAGCCCAGCAGUGCUGCCAGUCAGUGCCACCAGUCAGUGCCCAGCGGUUGUGCCAGUCAAUGCCUAGCAGUGCCGCCAGUCAGUGCCCAGCAGUGAUGCCAGUCAGUGCCACCUAUCAGUG